AUGUCUGACUCUUCCGUUGUGACGUUCACCUUCAUCCGGCACGGAGAGUCAACGGACAACCUGCAAAGCGUAUGGGCUGGAUGGAAAGAUUCGCCACUAUCUAACCAUGGCAUGAACGCAAGUCCCAAAGCAUUGGGAAAGUCUCUUUCAAAUAUUCAGUUCAUUGCAAUGCACGCCUCACCCCUCAAGCGCGCCCUUUGGACCGCGCAAGCCGUUCGGGAUGCCCAGAAGGAGCCACAUCCUUCACUCACCACAUCUCUGCUGUUGCGCGAGCAAUACUGGGGCGUCGCAGAAGGCAAGCCCUGGUCGUUGCAAUACGAAGCCGGUCUGUCAGUGGAAGAGCACUUCGCCCGUGACAUAUACCCAGUGCUGCGCGAACGUCACCAAAGGUUCCCGGAAGGUGAAAGCCUGGAUGACCUAGCAGAGAGAGCGCAACAAGCCGUCGACUCUCUCAUGAUGCCGUAUGUUUGGCAGGCAAUGAAGGCUGGUGAUAAAGGGAUCCAUGUAGCCAUUGUCAGCCAUGGGCUUUGCAUCAGCGAGCUCGUCACAGCACUGCUUAGCAGGAAUGCAAGCGGUGUGCGCCACGAGAACAAGUACAAAGGACUGUUGAAUACGGCCUGGACUAGAGUUGCGGUCAAUGUGAUGAAUGCGACUGAGGGGGCGACCGCGGAUGGUGAUUAUCCGCCCCUCGAGAUCAAGGUAAUCGAUUUUAACCGACAUGAACACCUAGAGAAAGUGGCUCGGCAGAAAGGUGGCAUUGGAAGCGCAGCGCACGAUCCCAACCAGCAGGAUAUCCGAUUCUUCUUUGGCGGAGGUGGAACCCCAGCCGAGGAAGGGCGUAGCGAGAGCAAUGCGCAUGACGAAGUUGGUGUGAUGAUUGAGUGA